AAUGUCGGAUUCUGAGGAGGGGUCUACUGCUUUCAGCAAGUCAUUGCCACGAGCUACUAUACCUUGCUCCAACUGCAAAACUGCUGGAGUGAUAUGCAAGAUCACUAGCCGAAAUAAUGACAUAACCAAACCACGAUCUAGAGUGCUCAUCUCGAAUCAAUAUGAGCAGAAGAUUGAUCGUAUGGAACAGCGCCUUGAAAAUAUAGAAAAUCUGGGCNCACCAUCUGUGACCUUUACACCUGCACCAAGCGCUUCUGUAUCGGCACCUACUCCUCGGGUCGAGCAGUUCGAGGGAGAAUCUUCUCUGGUAGUACAUUCAAGACAAGCUCACGAAGCUUUGCAACGCCUACUGGAAGCAGCACCAACAACUAUUCGCAAUGAUCCCAAUACAGUCAACGCUCUCGCAGCUUUACGAAAUCUCCUGGAGAAGCAUCGUUCCGAACCUCCAAGCCUCAACCUUCUGUCUCUGAUCGGAUCGCCAGAUGAACUGCAGCACUCGGAAUUGCCCCCGCGCGACGAAAUCUUGAGACUUUUUGCUUAUGUCGAGGCGGACGAUCUGAACGAUAUGUUUACCUGGUGGCUCUUCGAUACUGUCCAGGACUUUUACGAUAUGUAUGACAAAUUUUGUCAUUCGUCAACAUGCCCCCUUGCAAUAUCUAUACUUGUGUAUUGCGCGCUCUGCUGGCUCCUAGAGGGCAACCCAGUGAUGCAAAGGGCAGGACAGGACAUGUCGAAGUAUGCUGCUUAUGUUCCAGUUUGCCACAGACAUCUGGCAACUUGCAUCUCUUCUUACAAUUUAUUCCUCGAACCGUCGGACCUCAACAUAGCAGCUCUAUCAUCUGCUGUGAGUGAUCUUGUGCUAUUCUUGACUGGAAUCAUACAAUUGUUGACUCAACCCAGGNCCGCUUACGCUAUUUACACCGCCGAUAUAAAUGCUGCCUGGACGCUAUCAAGCACUGCAGCGCGAUUGUGCCAGUCUUUGGGUUACCACCGCUUGACUAUUGACAAGACUAGUGAUACCACCCUGUAUGAGAAGCGGGCUAUGUUAUUCUGGUCGGUGUACUUUAUGGACAAGUCCUUGUCGCUUCGACUUGGUCGAGCAUCUGCAAUCCAAGACUUCGAUACCUCAACCUCUGCGACAGACAUCAUCGACAUCUGGCGCAGUCAAGAUCAAUUUGAUUACAAGCACGUCAAGUUGACGGAUUGGAUGCAUCUUUCGCUUGAGAUGGCAAAGAUUCAGCUCUACGCUCCUGGGAGUAUUAAGGCUCUAUGUGAACGACAAAAACAAGGUCAAGAAUUUAUAAUCAAAAUACAUGAAAUUCUGUCCAUGAAUCAANAAGAGCCAGGUUGGCUUCAAGAGUACACUUCUUUCUACAAGGAGUGCAGCGACGUUAUUCUCUACAGCUUGUUUACUCUUGUCUAUCGAGCCAUGCCUGAAUUCUCGAACGCCCAACAACUUUCUUUACAAGCGGCAAGAUCGACCAUGCAAGNNUCCAUCAUGUUGUGUCCCUUCACAUCCUUCAUCGUACUCUUCCGAAAUGUCGUUACAGAUCUGAACAUCGACGACUUGAAACUCCUUGAAGACUUUGUGGCGUCAAUCGAAUGGCUCAAUGACAUGAACCAGCGUGAGCCCCUCCAGCGUUUUCAGCAGCUCUGCCACGCCUUCUACAACCUCGCCAAACACUUUGUCGCCGCUCGACUGCGUGCAGAUCAUGAGCAUCAAGCUUCAAGCAGUACAGAACUCGUCAUGAACACCAUGCAGACGACCAACUUUAAUCAAUCGUUGAAC